UUGUGUGUUUAUUUCUUCAUCAUCUUCAUUUCUUUAGCCUCUUUUAGUCCCCCUUUUACACAAUGGGGAACUGUUGUUCAAGGGGCCAACCUGAUAAUAAUGAACAUACAAAUAAUAAUAAUGAUCAAACUAGACAAAAAUCCAAUACCAAAAAUGAUCAAUCAAUUUCAAAUAAUUCUCAACAACAAAAUCAUGGUUCAAUUACACCACCAAAAUCACCUGAUCCUUCUUCAAAACCAUCAAAAAGUUCCCCUAUUGGUCCAGUUUUAGGCAGACCAAUGGAAGAUGUUAGAAAAACAUAUUCUAUAGGUAAAGAAUUAGGGAGGGGUCAAUUUGGUGUUACACAUUUAUGUACACAUAAACAAAGUGGUGAACAAUUUGCAUGUAAAACUAUAGCAAAAAGGAAAUUGGUUAAUAAAGAAGAUAUUGAAGAUGUGAAGAGAGAAGUACAAAUUAUGCAUCAUCUAACAGGCCAACAAAAUAUUGUUGAAUUAAAAGGGGCCUAUGAAGAUAAACAUUCAGUGCAUUUGGUUAUGGAAUUAUGUGCUGGUGGUGAAUUAUUUGAUAGAAUUAUUGCUAAAGGACAUUAUACUGAAAGGGCAGCUGCAACUUUGUUAAGAACAAUUGUGCAAAUUGUACAUACUUGUCAUUCUAUGGGUGUUAUUCAUAGAGAUCUUAAGCCCGAGAAUUUCCUCCUACUUAAUAAAGAUGAAGAUUCACCUCUCAAAGCUACAGAUUUUGGUCUUUCUGUAUUCUACAAACAAGGAGAUGUGUUUAAGGACAUUGUGGGUAGUGCAUAUUACAUUGCUCCUGAAGUCUUGAAAAGAAGAUAUGGUCCAGAAGUUGAUAUAUGGAGUGUGGGAGUUAUGUUAUAUAUUCUUCUUUCUGGUGUUCCUCCUUUCUGGGCAGAAACUGAACAUGGAAUAUUCAAUGCAAUAUUGAGAGGACAUAUUGAUUUUUCAAGUGAUCCAUGGCCUGCAAUUUCCCAUGGUGCCAAAGACAUUGUCAAGAAGAUGUUGACCAUAGACCCCAAGCAGAGGUUGACAGCAGUCCAAGUCCUAAAUCAUCCAUGGAUCAAGGAAGACGGAGAAGCACCAGAUACACCACUUGAUAAUGCUGUUUUGAGUAGGCUCAAACAAUUCAGAGCUAUGAACAACUUCAAGAAAGUUGCUCUCCGGGUAAUUGCAGGGUGUCUAUCAGAGGAAGAAAUUAUGGGAUUGAAGCAAAUGUUCAAAAGCAUGGAUACUGAUAACAGUGGAGCAAUAACACUUGAAGAGCUAAAACAAGGACUUGCUAAACAAGGCACAAAAUUAUCUGAUUAUGAGAUUCAACAGUUAAUGGAAGCUGCUGAUGCUGAUGGAAAUGGAACCAUAGAUUAUGAAGAGUUUAUUACAGCAACAAUGCACAUGAACAGAAUGGACAAAGAAGAACAUCUUUACACUGCAUUUCAAUAUUUUGACAAGGAUAAUAGCGGGUUCAUUACAGUAGAAGAGUUAGAACAAGCUUUAAGAGAAUUUGGAAUGACUGAUGGAAAGGAUAUAAAGGAAAUUGUUGCUGAAGUUGACUCUAAUAAUGAUGGUCGAAUUAACUAUGAAGAAUUUGUAGCUAUGAUGAGAAAAGGAACUCCAGAAACUGCAGCAAAUCUAAAGAAAAGAAGGGAGUCAUUUGUUGCAUAAAUUUUCAUUGUUAAUAUAAAAAGAAUUCAAAAUUAAAGAAAAAAAUGCAUCAAAGUCAUUGGUAUUUUUCUUGGAGGGAAGACCAAUGGCUUAUUUUGUAAAGUUUUAAGAGUCAUUCAUGAAAUUUACAAAAGUUCAUGGAUGAUUAUGUAAAUUAAAUAACAAUCAUUUUUCCUAAAAGCAAAUUUGAAAAAAUGGGUUUGUAGAAUUCAUGAGUUUUUUUUGGGAUUUUGUUAAGAGUGGAAGAUAUUCUUUGUAUUAUCUAUGUAUAUAUAAGAUAAAUCCUUUUGUUAAUA